GGAAGCAAAAACACCAGGGGAAAAUACACGUAAGGAAGGAGGAGGAAGCGGCUGCGAUGUGCGCGCGACGUCUUUUGGUCAUGGGAGAAGUUUUUGGGACACUCCGCUUUCUUAACGUCGCUUCGGUUUUAAUUUAAUUUAUUUAGGAGACACAAACUGGGAAAAUAAAUGAACGCCGGAGUUAUCCGUGAAAUUGUAGCCCAUCUGGCAAACGACAGCCACACCUUCAUCAUCAGUGGAACAGGUGCUCUACACAACUGUCCAGAUGGGUUGCAGUUGCUGUAGGAUGAUAAAAAGCUACAUCUAUGACCCCUCGGUUCCUGUAGAUGUUCCUGGCCGAAAGCGGGAUCCCACCAGCAGCUCUCUUUAUCAGUCUCACAGAUUCCCCGAAGAGGCAGACCAUGUCCAGAAGAAGCAGGGCUUCCACAACCUUGGAUACAGCACCCACCCCAGCCCAACCAAACUCGACAUUGACAACAACCACAUCAACCGGCUCCAUGCCAAUAUUCCAGGCGAGCAGAUCCGGUCAACCCCAGCAGAGGGAGAUCCGAGACUUUACAUCCUCCAGCCAGAAGACAAGGGGACGCAGGUAAAAGCCGUUUCUAGCAUCUGCGUCGAUCCACCAAUACAGAACGAGUCUAUGCUUGGAACAGAACCAGGCAAGCGAGAAGACAGGUUUCGGGACUCUGGGCUGGGCGGCGGAGGGAUAACAGACGGAACAGAAGGUUCAGAUGGGUAUCCUUAUGGACAAGAGGAAGAAGAUGAAGAUGGGAAGAGCAAACUGGCCAGGACUCCGGACACUGCCGAUGAGGAAAGUGUGCUGUCUGUGGACAUUCACACCAGCAGUACAAGCCUCUCCUCAGCGGACACAAAGCUCAUGAUAGAGGACAGAGAAGAGCAAGAGUCAUCCAUUUUGACAAGAGGGCAAGAGAAAGAGCUUGACUGUGUGAGCAUCACAGAAUCAAUGGUGGCUGAAGCUUUGGCCGCACUGGACGCAGCAACAGCAGGAGAGGAUUCUGAAUGAUGACCAGGUGACACUUCUUAAAGGGAACACUGGGUGUAAAGACUUG